AUGAUGCCUCUCCCGGAGACGAGGCCGUUCUCGAUGGCGGUGCGGACGGGCAGUUCGAGCUCGCUGCUGGCGCCAGUGCGGGAAUACGAUGCAGACGCGGUAUCGAUCCGAAGUGAGCAAGACAGCGACAGCGAGGACGACGAGCUGCAGCUGCGGGCGCGCAACAGCCGGGAGCUGCGAGCGCACGACCGGCUAGUGUUUAUGGAGGAAGACGAGACGGACCGGCUGGUGACGAACGCACGACGGCGAGAGCAGGACGGCGGUCGUCGGGGCAGCGGAUUGGCAGCCGUAGCGGUUGCGGUCGCGAAGCCGCUGCGACUGCUGGGCGUGCGACGAACGAGCGACAGCAAUGGUGGCAGCAGCCGGUCUCGCAGUCCGAGCAGCCGAACGAGCGGCCGGCCGGGCACGGCGACGAGCCUGCUGAGCGUGACGAGCGGCACGGCCGUAGGCUCGACCGACAGUCUCUUGGCCGAUGACGAGGGCCAGGCAAGUCAGAAGAAACAGCAGCAGCAGCAGCAGCAGCAGCGACGACAGCAGAGGCGACAGCGACGACACAGCAAAAAGUCGCGGCUGCUGGCCAAGGCAGACCGGGGUGAGGACGGCGAGCUGCUGUACGAGAUGGAGGAAGGCGGCAUGAAAGAAGGCAGCUCGACGGGCGACAGCAGCAGCCGGAGCCGGAGCCGGAGCUACAGUCGAAGCAGCAGUCGGAGCAGCAGUCGGAGCAGCGACGACGACCACCACGACCAGCAGCACCUGCUGCCAGCAGUCAACGGAGGAGGCGAUUUCGGCAGCAGCAGCAGCAGUCGACAGAAGCGCCAGCAGAAGCGACGACACUGUCGCGGCUGCACCUGCUGUCUGGGCUGUGGCGGCUGCUGUGGCCGCUGGGUGCUAGUGCACCUGCUAAUCGUCGUGGCUUUUGCCCUGCUGGUGCUGGGGGCCUGGAAGCUGACGCUGGACCGACGACGUCGCACGGCCGCACAGCCCACACAGACACGACCGCUCGUCAGCAACGGCACGGCCCUCUUUGCGCCGACGACGCUGCUCAUCAGCCUGGACGGCUUCCGAGCCGACUUUCUGCAGCGCGGCCUGACGCCACGGCUCAGCGCCCUCGUGCGCGAAGGCGUCUCGCCAGCCUACAUGCUGCCGUCGUUUCCGAGCGUCACCUUUCCGAACCACUACACCCUCGCCACCGGCCUCUACCCGGAGAGUCACGGGGUCGUGGGCAACACGUUCUGGGACCCGGCCCUGCAGGCCGACUUUCACUACACCGACCCAGCUCGCAGCCUCGACCCCAAGUGGUGGGCCGGCGAGCCGGUUUGGGUCACGGCCGAGCUGGCCGGCGUCACCACGGCCGUCCACAUGUGGCCCGGCAGCGAGGCCCAUAUCCUGGGCGUCGAGCCGACGUACGUCGACAAGUUCAACGGGGACGAGCCGCUGUCGAACAAGGUCGCCCGCAUCCUCGACUUUCUCGACAAGCCGGGCGAAGAGGCCAAAGUCCAUGCCAAAACAAAAGACAAAGACAAGGACAAGACCCGUCCGCAGCUCAUCGCCGCCUACGUUCCCAACGUCGAUGCCGACGGCCAUCGCUUCGGCCCCAACAGCACCGAGAUCCGCUCGACCAUUGCCGCCGUCGACGCCAUGCUGGACGACCUCUUCCGCGGCCUCGAAGCCCGCAAUCUGACCGACAUUGUCAACGUCGUCGUCGUCUCGGACCACGGCAUGGCCACCACCGACGUCAGCCGCCUCAUGCAGCUCGAGGAUCUCGUCGGUCCGGCUGGCAUGGACCGCAUCGCCCACGUCGACGGCUGGCCUCUCGUCGGCCUUCGCCCCAAAACGGACGCCGACCUGCUCGCCCUCCACGCUGACGUCCUCGCUGCCACCGCCGACAACCCCAACGUCGACGUCUACCUCCGCGACGUCGACAUGCCCGCCCGCUACCACUUUUCCCGCAACCCCCGCAUCGCCCCGCUCUGGCUCGUCCCCAAGACCGGCUGGAACAUCGUCCAGCGCGACGAGUUCGACGUCGCUGAAGCCCAGGCCGCCGGCCUCGUCUAUCAUCCCCGCGGCCUUCACGGCUACGACCACGAACACCCCCUCAUGCGUGCCAUCUUCGUCGCCCGCGGGCCCGCCUUUCCCCACGCCCCCAACAGCCGGCUGGACGUGUUUCAAAAUAUCGACGUCUACAACAUCAUCUGCGAUUCCGUCGGCCUCGAGCCCAAGCCCAACAAUGGCACCCUGCGCCUGCCCCUGGUCCCUGUCGGCCUGCACUCUGACGAUGCCACUAUACCGCCCGCUGAUCCCGUCACAGCCUACACUCUCACGACAACGGCCUCGUCUACGGCCUCCACGUCUACGCUUUCCACAUCUACGGCUUCCACAAUUAUUGCCUCCUCUUUAACCACAACAGCCUCCACAUUUACAACAGCCUCUACGUCCACCUCCGCAACAACCUCCACAUCUACAACAGCUUCCUCGUCUUCAGCUGCUAUAGCUGUAAAGCCCACCACCACCGUUGCAGAGACCACCACUGCCACUACUACAGUCUCCACACCUUCCUCCAACAGCACCACCGCCGCAGACGACGUCAAGGCUGCUGCAGACGACCUUUGGAACUGGUUCACCGACAAGAUCGAAGACGCCUGGAACAAGAUUUCUGGCAGCUCAAAGACACAAUCUUCCGGCUAA